UCUCAGACGUCUUCUCUUUCUGCCCUUUAUCCCCCUCUUUCACAACCCUAUUACUGUGCAGUCAUCCCUCUUUAGGCAUCUUCUUCUUGCCCUGUACCUUAAUAUUCCAUCCCUUAUUCUGUCCAUUUUUGCGGGUGUUAACAUCCUCUCUCUUUCCUUCUGUUGGAUCGUUCGAUGAUUCCUGUUGCUAUGAACCCACCAAGCCCUUUCCUUCUCAAGGAUCAAAUAGAAGAUCAGCACCAAUUCUUCGUUUCUCCUCAUAAUCGGGAUUCGUCAAGUGAUUCUCUCUCGUCGUGUCCCAGUUUCUUCCACAUACUUGAUCCAACACAGACUAGAGAAACCCCAGAGUUAAGACGUGAUCAAGAGGAGAAUGGACUGGUGGUGCACGGUAGAUCAAGCUGCAGUCACCAAGCUUGUAAUUCAUCCUUCAAUUCACCCCAGACUCAACAAGUUAAGGAUGAUCGAAGAAACGCGUGUGGCUAUAAAGAGGAAGAGGAAGAAGAAAGCACAAAAAGCGGAUUCGAGUCUGCACAAUGGAUGUCUUCUAAGAUGAGGUUAAUGCCAAAAAUGAUCCCCAGCACUACCAGUCCUGUCCCUCACAAAGCAUCGAAUAUUACUACAAAUAUCCGAACUCAAGAGCACCAGAAAACCCAAACCCAAAGAAGACCUUCAAACCACAGAAAUAGCACAGCCAUUAGGGUUUGUGCCGACUGUAACACAACCAGCACCCCACUUUGGAGGGGUGGCCCAAAUGGUCCUAAGUCACUGUGCAAUGCAUGUGGGAUUCGGCGGAGGAAGGCAAGAAGGGCUUUAAUGGCGGAAGCUGGAAAUGGUGCAGCGACUUGCAGAUUAAAUAGCAAGGAAAAGAAGGCUCGCACAAACCACUUUAUAGCAUUAAAGAAUAAGUGCAAGGCGACGGCAAGCAACGCAGGGACGUCUCAGCAGAGAGAAAAGAAGAAUAUGGGUUUUAAGGAUUUUGCAUUUAGUUUCAGGAACAACGUGUCGGUGGUUGAGCAAGUGUUUCCGCCGGACGAAGUAGCUCAAGCGGCACUGCUUCUCAUGGAUUUAUCUUAUGCCUCUGUUCCUAUUUAGAUUUACUCUCACUCCAUUUUAUCUAUUUAUUUAGUACAUUUAUCUAUAGCUAGCAAUUGUUCAUUUUGUUGCCAGUUUUGAAAUGUAGCCAGGUGUUUUAGAAAGUAAUGCCAUGUAAUUGUUGACCCGACAAAUAAAUAAUAAACAGCCUGUGAAUGUCUGAGAAA